UUGGAGAGUUGCACACAAAGAAAAUUGUGUUACAAACAUGAGAAGGCUGUGUGAGUGUAGAUGCGUAUAGAUUGUCGUCAGUAGUGAAUGUCAAACCAGCGGAAGUAAGCGGAAGAGAAAGAAAAAAAUCUUUUGUAGGCGUAAUUACGAACAAACAAUAGUGGCGAAAAUUAUUGCUCCAGGAAUAUUCAGGAACGUGAAACAUCAUGGAAGUUCUCGAUGCAAGUGUUUCAGAGGAUCAAAAUGAUGAUCUUCGUGAAAAAGUGGAUUAUAGAGACAAAACUGGAUUGAUUCCAGCUGAUAUUCCUGAAGAUGUUAGAUCGUGUAUUAAAGCAAGAUACACUCUCGGAUUUCUAGGUUUUUUAGGUUUUGCAUUGGUUUAUGCAAUGAGAGUUAAUUUAUCAGUUGCAAUUGUCUCUAUGGUUAAUCAAACUGCAAUUCCACAUUCCGACGAUAAUGACACAACUGAUGUCUGCUCCUUUAACCCAAUUACAAAUGGUUCAAUAAUCCCACCACCUAGUCCUGGUGAAUUUGCUUGGGAUGAGAGAACGCAGGGUAUAAUUUUAGGAGCAUUUUUCAUUGGAUAUGUGACGACAAAUGUUCCAGGUGGAAGAAUGGCGGAGAAAAUUGGUGGAAAAGUUGUUUUUGGUUUGGGAGUAUUUUUAACCGCGAUAUUAACAGUCGUUAGUCCAUUCGCUGCUUAUUGGGGAUUAUAUCCAUUUUUAGCCGUUAGAAUUGCAGAAGGUUUCACCGAGGGUGUCACUUUUCCUGCAAUGCACAGUAUGUUGGCUCAUUGGGUUCCGCCAUUAGAAAGGAGUAAAUUUGCCGCAAUUGUUUAUGCAGGAUCCAAUUUCGGGACAAUAAUUUCGUUACCAUUGAGUGGAUGGCUUUGCUCUUUAGAAUUUUGGGGAGGUUGGCCACUAGCUUUCUAUUUAUUCGGUGGUCUUGGAAUUGUUUGGUACGUUUUCUGGUUGUUUUUCAUUUAUGACUCGCCGGCCGUUCAUCCACGAAUUGAUCCCAAAGAAAAGGCUUACAUUGAAGCUUGUGUGGAACCCAAGGACGAUGAGGAUAAUGGAGUGCCUUGGGGUCAAAUUUUCACGUCAUUACCAGUGUGGGCAAUAAUGAUAACGCAAUGCGGACAAUCGUGGGCUUUCUACAUUCUUCUCACGGAAUUGCCAACAUUUAUGGAUCGAAUUUUACAUAUGAAUAUGCAAAGGGAUUUGCUGCUUGCAGCAUUGCCGUAUUUAACGGCUUGGAUAGUGGGCCUAGUGAUAUCGACUUUCGCCGAUGCUUUAUUGGCACGACGAAGCAUCAGUCCAUUGACUUCGUUUAAAUUGUGGAAUACAAUUGGAUCAUUGGGUCCGAGUCUUAGUUUCAUUGGUGUUAUUUGGGCAGUUUGCGAUCGUUUUGUCGUGAUGGUGAUGCUCGCCGGUUUGGGUUCACUUUACGGUGCAAUUUACGCUGGAAAUCAAAUGAAUCACAUUGCCCUGUCGCCGAAAUACGCUGGAACACUUUAUGGCCUGACAAAUGCCGCCGCAAAUGUUUGUGGAUUCUUGGCGCCUUAUAUCGUCGGAACAAUCGUCGAGGGACAUGAGACUUUGGCACGUUGGCACACGGUAUUUUGGUUGGCAGCCGGAAUAAAUAUGGGAGCGAGUUGCUUUUAUCUUCUCUUCGCCUCAGCGAGCGAACAACCAUGGAGCCGAGGUCGUAGAUGAUGACCAAAUUCCAGUAGACAAACACUCAUUGUGGAGAAUGGUUUGCCGCUCGAUCGUCUAGCUCUCAGUACCUUUUAGCAAAAUUGAAAUGAAAGAAAGUCUCAAUUGAAUUUUUCCGAAAAAACACAUUUACUUUCUCAAAAUUAAAAAAAAUCCAAUUGAGACUUUACUUUCACUUAUUUCUUUCUUCUUUUCUUUUUUCAAUUCUUUUUUCUUCUCUGUCUCUCGAAGAAAAAGAAAAAAAUUUAGCACAAACAAAUUUUAUUUCCCCCCCAAAAAACCAUUGAUUUCUCUAUAUACAUAUUUACAAAAAUCUUUGGACACUGAGAUUUUUAUUUUUAAGACAUUCCAAUCUUACUUUACACAAUUAGUAUUUACAAAUGACAUAAAUACCAAAUUUAUGAUAUUUUAAACUAGAAAAAUCAAGACGUGCAAUGCGUUUUGAAAAAUUGCUUAUCUGUGAUCAGUUAUUUAUGAAAAGAGAUUUUCCAAAAAAUUUAUCUGGUGCUUUAAAAUGUGAAAUAGAAGAAAAGAUAAUAUUUACACUGCAAUAAGCUUUCAUGACAAUUUUUUUCUCGACAUUACACUCUAAAAUAAAAAUUAUUUUCUUUUAAAAAAAAAAAAUUUCGUGACAAUUUUUAAUUUUUUCAAAAAAGAAAAUAUAAACAUUUAAAAAAAAAUACAAGAAAAUAAUUUUCCUGGACUAAUGUAAUUUGAAGACUUUUUGCUUUUGUAAAAAUUCACAUUUAAGAAACAAAGAAAAAGAGAAAAAGACCUUGAAAAUAUUCAUCGAGGCCUUGUGUUUUAUUAAAAAGCAUUUAUAUAGAAAAGUCUAUUGUUAGAAUUUCAUAUCAGAAAAAUGUAUUUGACUAAAGCAAGAAGCUUUCUUCCGUUUUACUUUACAAUGUCGAUAAUAAUAAUAAUAUUAAUAAUAUUAAUAAUAAUUAUAAUAAUCCAAAAAAGCCUGAGUGUUCGAUGUUAUGGAAAAUAAAAAUUAAGAGACUAACGAGAAAUGGAAAUAGAAAAUAUUUAGAGGAUAAUGUGAAAUUCUCAGGUGUUCGUACAAAGUUUCCUGCAAAAUAUUAUAUUAAAGUGGAAUUGUAGAAAGAAAAACGAAAUAAUUUUUCAUCUUCGAAAGAAUAGUAAUUAGAUUUUGCAAAAUUUCAUCAUUUUUACAUUUUUUCAACUGCAGUUACCAAAAAAAGAUAGAUAUUAAACGUUAAUUAAAUUUUAUUGUAAAUGUUUAUUUCUCUUUAAAAAAAAAUGAUGAACUAUUGCGAAUAAUAUUAAUUGCGAAAAAUAAUAAUUCUUUCGAAGAACAAUAUGUAAAUGUAUUUUAUUAUUUGUUAAUUAUUAUGUAAUUUUCUAACUGUAUUCUCAUUAAUGAAUUCAGUGAAUAAUCACUAGAGAAUAAUUGUAUAAUUAUAUAUAAGCUGAUAUUUUUCCUUA